AAAUCAGGAAGUGGAACCCGAGAAGUUCAUCAGUGUCCUGACCACAGUGCAGAUGACAACGCCUACACGCAUGCAGAGUUUUUAAUCUCUGCCUGCACAGGGGAAACGCCGAACAAUGGAUGCUCAAGAAAGAACAGCUCGACUAGAAAUUUCCACCCGAAACCCCCAAGAGGACUUUGAACUUCUGCAGCGGGUUGGCGGAGGGACCUACGGGGAAGUGUACAAGGCAAGGAACAGAGAGUCGGGAAAGCUGUCUGCUAUCAAAAUCGUAAAGAUGGAAGCAGACGACGAUUGUGUCGCUAUCCAACAAGAGAUCCUGAUGGUGAAAACCUGCAAGCAUCAGAACAUUGUCGCCUACUAUGGCAGUUACAUCCGGUUUAACAAACUGUGGAUCUGCAUGGAGUUCUGCGCGGGAGGGUCUCUUCAAGACAUCUAUCAAGUCACAGGGCCCCUGUCUGAGCUACAGAUUGCCUACAUAUGCCGAGAAACCUUGCAGGGUUUGUCUUAUCUUCACAGCCAAGGCAAGAUCCACCGAGACAUAAAGGGAGCCAACAUCCUUCUCAACGACCAGGGGGAAGUAAAGCUGGCUGAUUUUGGAAUCUCAGCUCAACUCAGUGCUACCUUUGCCCGCCGAAUGUCUUUCAUUGGGACCCCUUACUGGAUGGCCCCCGAAGUGGCCGCUGUGGAGCUGAAAGGGGGAUACAACGAACGGUGUGACGUGUGGUCGGUGGGCAUCACGGCGAUUGAGUUGGCUGAGUUGCAGCCCCCCAUGUUUGAUACGCAUCCUUUGCGGGUCCUGGUGCUGAUGACCAAGAGUGGCUACCAGCCCCCAAAGCUGAAGGAGAAGGCCCGGUGGACCCCUGCCUUCCACAACUUUGUCAAGGUGACACUAACCAAAACUCCCAAGAAACGGCCUAGUGCCUCCAAGAUGCUCACGCACCAGUUUGUUACCCAGACAGGGCUCACACAGAGCCUGACCCUUGACCUCUUGGAGAAGGAGCGUAAUCCUGACCAGCUCCCCAGCUGCAGAGGUGAGACAGACGAAGAGGAACAAGAGCUGCCUCCACCCCCGGUGCCCCGAAGAAUCCGCUCCAGUCAGCGGCAGGGCGUGACUUCUCCAGGAUAUGCUGAUGCCCAGGAGCAGAGUUUCAGCCUUACCUUCCGAAGAAGACGAAGUCUGAAGUCUUCGGAUUUCAUGGUAACUCUUUAUCGGCUUUUCUGCUCUUCCCCUUCAGAGAGGAAGGAGGUCACGCUCGACCCAGGCUACAGUACUGCUGUGGACAACACCCUCUGUGGCUCUGAAUUCAGCAGCAGAGAUGAAUUUUCCUGCGUGGCAGUAAACUGCAACUCAGCCCAGCUUUGUUUUCCUGACCUUUGCAGGAAGGAUGCAGAGGACUCCGAUGAUUACGACGAUGUGGAUAUCCCCAGCAGACCAGACCUAAUCAGGGACACUCUGUCUUCUGGCCUCCCACCCCCACUACCUCCCAAGCCCAAACUUUGGCUCUUAUCAGACGAAACUGUGGUGGGUCGAUCCUGUGAUUACUUUCCCACCAAAUCCCUAAUCCGGGGUCGGUGCUCCAGUGGACCUGUCAUGAGCUGGACCUCUCUGCAAAGUGAUCCGGGGAAAGCCCAGGCCUCCCAGCUCACCGCCAAAUCAGUCCCAGAACUGCGAUCGGAUCCCCCGGAUGACAGGCCGCCCAGCCUUCCUCCGAAGCCGGAGAAGAAACAGAAGCCGGACAGGACCCUCUUCAAGAAGGUGUUCAACGAGUGCCCCUUGCACCUCACCUCUGCCACCGCUUGGACCCAUCCAAAUACCAAUGAGCUGCAUUUAAUUCUGGGUGCCGAAGAAGGAAUCUUUGCCCUGAACCGGAGUGAGGCAGAACCUGCUCUGGAGCUGCUCUACCACAGCCGAACAAUGUGGGUGUACUGCAUAGGAAAUGUCCUCAUGUCACUUUCCGGCAAGUCUCCCCAGCUCUUCUCCCACAAUUUACCGGGUCUGCAUGAGCAGAGCAAGAGAGACCAACGCCUUGGGGUAUCCCUUUCUCCCCACAGGCUAUUACCGAGGAAAAAUGUCAUCACCACCAAGAUCCCUGACACUAAAGGAUGCCAGAAAUGUUGUACAGCCAGGAACACCCAGAACAGUUGCCACUUCCUCUGCGGAGCACUGGAGACGGGGGUGGUACUGUUGCAAUGGUAUGAACCCAUGCAGAAAUUCAUGCUGGUCAAGUAUUUUGAUUUCCCCCUGCCUUCCUCGCUGCCUGUCUUUGAGAUGCUGAUGAGCCCUGACGAGGAAUAUCCGGUGGUCUGCAUUGGUGUGAGCAAGGCCCCACCAGGGAAGGCCGUGCAGUUCCAGGUCAUUAACCUCAAUUCCCUGACCUCCUGGUUCAUCAGCGACAAAAGUGAGCCUUCCUGCUCUGGCUUCGUCCAGGUGACUCAGCUGGAUAACAAGACGGUGAUGGUUCUGAUGGACAGAAGCAUCCUGUUCGUCAGCCCCCAAGGGGAACUGCUUGGAUCCCCACCGAAACUCACCUUUGACAUAGCAGUGGAAUCAGCUGCACUGGUGCAGAACUGCGUGCAUGCAUUUUGGCGCCACGGUGUGCAGACGCGGCCACUUGGAUCAGGGCAGGUAGCACAGGAGCUGCAGGAUCAGCGGUGGACCUUCCGCCUGCUGGGCGCCUCCAGCACCAUUGUAUUAGAGACGCGGCCAGUGGACGAUCCAAAUUCCACCAGCAAUCUCUACGUGCCGGAAUGACGGUGGCCUGACCUCGACCUGUUGGUUGCUCAGACCUGCUGUUUCCUGCCCUCUGGGACUGAUUCCUCAAAGAAUAACCAGUGACAGGGAAGGGGACUCAGAUGCCUCGGUGCUGCCCUGGAAACUGGCAAGACAGGGCUGGAAGUGGAAAAUCCCCCAUCUGCCCGGCCUAACCUCUUUGGCCAGCCUCGGCAGCUUCAGCCGGAAGCACCAAGGGACACCACUGUCCUGGUUUUAUGCUUCGCCUUACAUACAAUUCAGCCUCAGUAAACAGAAUGUUCAGUUUCUCCCUUCACAUCUAUGCUCUCUC